AUGGCGGCGGACAUGGCCGGCUGCUGCUGCUGCUGCAGCUGCUUCGGCUUCCUCUGGAAGCAACCCCACCGCCCCGCCGCCGGCGACAGCGACGGCGCGCCGUCCAAGGACCUGCUUUUGCCGAGGUCCAACGACGGCGGCAGCUUCUACGCCGGGGACGACCCCGACAACAGCAGCAGCUUCCUCGGCGACGACAGCAGGAGCUUCUACGAGAGGGAAGAGGAGGACUACCUCCUCCGCCAGAGCGACGGUGACGGCGACGACAAGCCGCCCCGCAAGCGGUCCGAGGACAUCAUACUCUCCCGGGCCCGGAACGGCUUCGCCUGCAGGGACAGCCUCGUCAGGGACACCAGGAAGCUCUUCCGCUCAGAGGACGAAACAACCGGCUGUAAGAUGAUCAACCAGUAUGUUCACCUGGGCAAGAUUGGUGCUGGGAGCUACGGCAAAGUGGUUAAAUACCAAAACAUCAAGGAUGGGAGGUUAUAUGCGAUAAAGGUGUUCAGUAAACCCUACAUGUUGAAAGUGCGUGUUGUGCGGUCAGAAACGGCCAUGACAGAUGUUCUUCGGGAAGUAUCCCUCAUGAAAAUGUUGGAUCAUCCCAAUAUACUAAAUCUCAUUGAGGUGAUUGACGACCCAAACACAGAUAAAUUCUACAUGGUUCUUGAGUUUGUUGAGGGGAAAAUGGUGUGCAAUAACGGUAUAGGUUUAGGAGAAGCUACUUCCAGGAAGUACUUGCGGGACAUUGUCUCUGGUGUUAUGUAUCUUCACUCUCAUAACAUUAUUCAUGGUGAUAUUAAACCGGACAACCUCUUGGUCACAAGUACUGGCAAUGUGAAGAUAGGGGACUUCAGUGUUAGCCAGAUAUUUGAGGAUGACGAUGAUAUGCUUUGGAGGUCUCCAGGUACUCCAGUUUUCACUGCACCAGAGUGCUGUCAAGGUUCAGCCUACCAUGGCAGAACAGCUGAUACCUGGGCAGUCGGUGUUACCCUGUAUUGCAUGAUCACGGGGAAAUAUCCAUUCCUUGGAGAAACUCUGCAGGAAACUUACGACAAGAUCGCCAAUGAUCCGGUGGAAAUACCCGGCGACACGAGCCCCCAGCUCGCCGACUUGAUGCAGAGGCUACUCUACAAAGAUCCGGGAGAUCGUAUGACCCUGCAGGCCGCGGCCGCGCAUCCCUGGGUCGCCGGGGCCGAGGGCCCGGUCCCGGAGUUUGUGUGUAGGUGCGGUUUCGGUCGCAGGAACAGGAAUGAUUCGCAGGAGGCGGUGCAAUAA